ACGUCUACAACUACCACCACUUCUACCACUCCUACUACUGUUACUACUACGACUACUACAACUCACGCCCUCUUUUCCCCUGCAGUGUGGUCCGUGAUGGGCGUGUCGGGGCGCUCCUGUGACCUGCCCUGCUACCUGAAACCACGCACGCCGGGGGACAGACCCAAGUUGAUCCUCUGGUACAAGAAGGGACAGAGGGCGCCCGUCUUCAGCUACGACGGGCGGGUGCCACAGCUUCUGAAGGACAUCCGGGCGGAGGGCGGCGUGCUGACGGUGACGCGGGAGGCUGCCACGCUCACCUUCGAGAGUCUCACCCUCGCCCACGCCGGCCUCUACGAGUGCCGCGUCGAGUUCUUCCGCUCCCCGACCCACACCAGCCUCGUCAACCUCACGCUCGUCGAACCGCCGCGCGUGGUCGAGGUGAGGGACCGACAGAAGGGGCCGCCACAGAACGGCAUCUUGGGUCCCUACCAGGAGGGCGUGAUGGUCGUCUUCACAUGCCUGGCCAGGGACGGCUGGCCGCUGCCGAACGUGACUUGGUGGCGGGGCAAGGAGAUGGUGGACGGCGGCUGGGAGGUAUCGGGGCCGCGGCUGGUGAGGAACGACCUGGUGGUGUCCAAGCUGACGAGGGACUGGCACAACGACACCGUCACCUGCACCGCCUCCAACACCAAGCUCGUGCCGCCCUACUCCGUCUCCGCCGUCGUCCAGAUGUACCUACUCCCCACGAACGUCGCCAUCACGGGGACCACCACGGCGAGGGAGGGCCGCCAAAUUAGGCUCCGCUGCACCUCGCGCGGCUCACGUCCCUCGGCGCGGCUCUCCUGGACACUACAAGGCAAGCAGGUCCCCGCGGAGAAAGAGAACACGGUGUACGGCCGCGUGACCAGCUCCACUCUGCUCGUGAACGUAAGCAGGGCGCAGGACGGGGCCAUGGUGACCUGCCGCGCCGCCAACCCCGCAGCUCCCAGCACGCCGCUUACAAAUUCCACCACGCUCACCGUCCUCUACCCGCCCGAGGUGAAGGCAUCCUUGGGUCGCUCCCUCAACCCGGGGCUGCUGAAGGAGGGCGACGACGUGUACUUCACCUGCUCCGUGAUAGCCAACCCCCCCGCCACCUCCAUCACCUGGUACCACGAAGAUAAAGAGCAGGUGCAGAACGUAUCAGCGGGCAUCAUCAUCUCCAAGGACUCGCUGGUGGUCCAGAGGGUACAGCGGGGAAGGGCCGGCCGCUACCACUGCCGCGCCACCAACCCCCUCGCCACCGUCACCAGCAACCCCGUCAAGCUGAGGAUACGAUACCUCCCGGAGUGCCACACGUCCUUCACCCGGUACUUCAUUUACGAUCGACCUAUCAACGUCACGUGCACGGUGUCCGCCUAUCCCCCGGCCACUUCCAUCUUCUGGAGGUGGAACAGCAGCUCGGAGGUGGUGCGCGCGACCCCCGAGACCCUAGAGCAGGAGCAGACCACCUCCAUCCUGACGGUGCAGCCCAAACAGAGGCAUGAGGACCGCGCGCUCUCCUGCUGGGCCGUGAACGAGAUGGGGCGCCAGAUCAAGCCGUGUAGUUUCUCCGUGAAGGUUGCCAAUGUGCCGCGGCCCCUGUCGUCGUGCCGCCUUGCCAACAUCACGGCAUCGUCCCUCAGCCUCACCUGCCAGCGGCCAGAGACCCCCGCCGCCGGCACCACCGUCUACCGAGCUGAGGUCUACUUCGAGAACAACACCCUCUUCGCCAACGUGACCUCCAUGCGGCCGAGCUUCAACGUGAGUCGCUUGGACGCGGACACCAGCUACCAGAUCAAGGUGUACGUCACGCACGGACCCGUCACCUCCGAGCCCGUCCUGGUGUCCGCCUACACCUCCCGCACCACCCGCAGGUCCAGAGCGGAUGUUCGGCCCACGCGAGGCAGCAGCGUCGGGGGCCUGGUGGGCGGCGUCCUGGUGGCGGUGGCGGCGGUGGGCGGCGCGGUGUGGGCGAGGCACUAUUGCCGGAAGCGAUGGCGAGGCAGGGACGAGAGGACGAAACAUGACGCCAGGCCUUCCUCGGACGACAGCAACCCUGACGUGGUGCCCACCAUUGCGGAGGAGACAUACGACCUACUACGGGAGGAAGCGAAGUCGAGGGAGACGCUGUACCAGGACCUGGACGCCUCGCCGCAGUGCACGCCCCCCACGCAACACCAACAGCCGCAUCAACUACAACAACAACAACAACAACAGCAACAACAACAACAGGAAACACAACCUUCAACCCCUCAACAGCUUCCACAGCAGCCUCAGCAGCAACACCAACAACAGCAAGCACAGCAACAACAGCUGAUGCCACAACCAACACCUCAGCAGCAGCAGCAACCACCACCACCACCGCCUCAGCCUUCCCAGCCGCAGCCAGCCCCGCGCUACGGCAGCCCGGGGCCCUUCCAGCAGCUGAUAAAGAAAGCAACGGUGACGGAGGUGGACGACAGCCCGCUGGGAGUAAGAACCAGUAUGUACUGCCCGAGGGACGAGGACGAGAGCAUGGUAUGACGGGGCCACGACAGCCACCACGACCACUAGAGACCACACGACCUCCCCCACCACCAGCAGGCAUCCUCUCUCGCCUAUAGAGUCUUCCUCUUCCACGUGGAACAAUCAGCGGUGACAGCAGGAAAGUCCACGAGUCUCGGGAGUACCCUCAUAACUUGCGGAAAGGAAGGGCACUCGGCAGCCAGGGGGAGGAAGGGAGGGAAGGGGUGAGGAAGGACUGGAAACGAAGCAAAGAGGUUAAGAACUAGGGAGAAGGAAGGGAAAAGGAAGAAAAUAAAGAGACGCAGGUAAGGUGAGAAGCUGAUGGUGGAAAAAUAGGUUAUGAGUCGAAAAGGAAGGAGGGCGUGAGAAAUGAGGAAUAAGGGAACUGGGAAAAGAAGACAAAAAGAAAAUGGGGAGUGGGGUAAUGAUGGAAGAAAGAGGAGUGAUAGGGACGUGUGGAGGGUACAGGGAAGAUAGGAAAAGGGGAGAAAGAAUAGGACAGGGAAGGGAUGGAGGUAGAGGACAAUGGGGAGAGGAAGACUGUUAGAGGAAAAUUGCCGUUCUAGAUUUUUCUUAGACCUCACUUCCUUCAUAUUAUUACAUUUCCAACCUUGUGUGUGUGUGUGUGUGUGUGUGUGUGUGUGUGUGUGUGUGUGUUAUUCUAUUCAUGUGCUUCCAUUCCUUCAAGCCCUCAAAAAUACUGUUCUUCUUCCUCCUCCUCCUCCUCCUCCUCCUCCUCCUCUUCCUCCUCCUCCUCCUCAACGACAACAACAACAACAACUCUCAGCCCAGCACUAAGAAAACACUCAAUUGCUUCUUUAACUUUCUCGAUUUCGACAGCUGAGAGAGAGAGAGAGAGAGAGAGAGAGAGAGAGAGAGAGAGAGAGAGAGAGAGAGAAAGCAGGCACUACAACACGUGAUCCUUUUCUCCUUUCUCCUCCUUCUCUCUUUCCUUCAUUUUUCCUUCCCUUACUUUCCUUUCCUUUCUUCCUUCUUCUCUUCCCUUUUUUUCCGUUUUCCCUUCUUUCCAUUCACUCCGUUUCCUUUUUUUGUAUCCGCUUCUUCUCCCUCAUCUUCCUUUUCCUUCAUUAACCUCUCCUCCAUCUCUCUUUUUUCUCCUCCAUCUUUCCUUCUUUCCUCUUUCCUUUCCUCGUUUUUUUUCCGCUUUCCCUUCCUUCCAUUUUUGUAACCCCUUCUUUUCCCCUCAUCAUAUUUCUC